AUGUGUGUUUUCUUUUGGCGGGAUCUUCAGAGUUCUUUUUGGUUCGGUACCUGCUUGCAUGCACCCUUGCUCGCCGCUCCGCCUUUCUUGAUAACUUUGGUAUGUUUUAUUCCAUUCUUCUUUCUUUUCUUUUUUCUUUAUUCGCCUUUACAUACUCCUUUACCAUGUCUACCAUUGUUAAUUGCCUCCUUCUGGCUCUCAACGCUUAGCUGCCUUUCCGAACUUGUUGCUGUCAUAUUUAACAUAAAUACGACACGUGCUUCGCUGGUCUUAGCCACCUUCGCCACUACCGUCUGCCUUGCGGCUGCUGGUAGUAAGUUAGCUUACUUCUUUCUUUCUUUCUUUGUUCUCUCUUGCUUCCUCCACUGUCUCUCGUCUCCCCUUUCCUCUUUGUCCCUUUCGUCGCAGCGGACUCAUGUUUUAUGUUCAUUUUUUCUUUCAGAUUUUUUACCUGAUUCACAGAAUAAAAUCUUUCGUUUUCCAAUGAAAUUCGUCCGUGUUUUAUCCCAGCACGCUUCAACAAACGCCAUGGACCAAAAGUCCGUUGUCUCUAAUAGAACGCGCUCCAGGUUCUCUUCUGCCUCAUCUAAGGCCUUAGCUGUCCGUGCCGAACUGGAGAUGGCUAAAGCAGGCCUGCUCUUCGUGGAGAGAGAGAAUAAACUGCGCGAAGCAAAGGCUAAAAUGGAGUCUGAAGAGAAAACUCUAGAGGCUCAAAGGGAGAUAGCUCUCAAAGAAGCCGCACUAAAGGCCUUUGAAGAGUAUGUCUCGCUUAGUGAAGAAAAAUCCAGCAUCCACCUUGACCAGACUCCUGCCGAUCCCAUGCAGCGUACGAGAGAAUAUGUGGCCGAACAGUCGGCUCAACUCAACUCACAACCUGCCGCCCCGCAAUUGGUACAAUCAUCUGCCCUGCAACACACACGCUCUCCUGCAUCUCAAUUCGAUCAGCCCACCAACUCAGAAGCCUCCUUCCGCUACUUCCCCGAUCCAUCUGAGGAUCAUCGGAGGAGGUGCUCAACUGAAAACCGCCAUGACCAUUCCAGUGACUUAAUGCGUUACUUCGCCCGGCGUGAAUUACUUCAAGCCAGUAUGCUGAAAUUCUCGGACAGACCUAAGGACUAUCGAGCAUGGAGACGUUCAUUUCGCAACUCCAUUGUCGACCUGCACUUGACACCGAGUGAAGAAAUGGACUUGCUUGUGAAAUGGCUCGGCCCUGCCUCCACUGAGCAUGCCAACCGUUUAAGGACAGCCUACCUUAACCAUCCUGAGAAGGGCCUGCAGGAAAUAUGGAAGCGUUUGGAAAAAUGCUACGAGUCCCCUGAAGCCAUCGAAGACUCACUCUUCGAAAGGAUCCAUAGGUUCCCAAAGGUAACCAAGGACUACGACAGACUGAGGGAGCUAAGCGACCUCCUCACCGAACUCCAAGCAGCUAAGGAUGAUGGUGAUCUCCCCGGCCUUGCCCUCCUGGACACUGCUCGGGGUCUCAGGCCUAUUGUGGAGAAGCUUCCGCCUACACUACGAGACCAAUGGACCUCCCAUGGCACGACAUACAAGCGGAAACACCAAGUGCCAUUCCCCCCAUUCUCGGUGUUUACUAAGUUCAUCGAACAACAAGCAGAAGACAGGAACGACCCCAGCUUUCGUCUUACCACAGAUACUUGGCCCUCGCAAAACAUGGACCGAACAACCACACCACAGCGGAAAGAAAUUUCAGUCCACAAGACUCAGAUUGCAUCAAAAGAUAUCAAAGAGAUAUGCCCCAUCCAUAACCUGCCUCACCCUCUUCGUAGUUGCCGGGCAUUUAGAAGCAAACCCUUUCCAGAGAGACAAGCCUAUCUGAGACAACACAACAUCUGUUUCCGAUGUUGCGCUACCCAUGUCAACAAGGACUGCAGGUUCAAGCCUAAAUGCGCUGAGUGUGGCAGUGAAAGCCACAACACUGCUCUUCACCCUGGACCCGUACCACAAACGACACUCAUCAGAGCCAUGCCAAACCAUGGCGGGGAGAACAACGAUAUUACAGCCCACUGCACACAGGUUUGUGGUAGCAACUUAAUCGAAAAAUCUUGUUCAAAAAUUUGCCUGGUGGAGGUGCAUCCACAAGGCCAGAGAAACAAGGCAGUCAGGAUGUAUGCCGUGAUCGACGAACAUAGCAACAAGUCACUUGCUCGUCCGGAGUUCUUCGAGUUGUUCAGUGACCACGGCCCCACAUCUUCUUAUUCACUUAGGACUUGCGCUGGAGUCAUAGAAAUGGUUGGGAGAAGAGCCUAUGGAUACAGAAUUGAAUCCAUAGAUGGACACACCAGCCUGCCCCUUCCAACAUUAAUCGAGUGCGCUGAUGUGCCAGAUAAUCGCGCAGAAAUCCCAACACCAGAAGCAGCCCUUCAUCACAAACACUUGGCUAGAAUAGCAGCGGAGAUGCCUAACUUGGACCAGCGGGCCCCUAUUUUGCUACUCCUGGGUCGUGACAUUAUCGAAAAACUAGACAUGGGCUGGGUGAUAGUGGGGAACGUAUGCCUCGGGGGGACGCAUAAACCGUCCACUGUUGACACCUUCUUCACCAGCACCCGAGAAGGAAGCCGCCCAACAAACUUUGAGCCUUGUCCCAACACAUUCCGAGCCAAGGAAAGAUACUGCCGGAAAGGAUUGGGCAGCUCCGUCUUUCAACCAACCAAGGAGGACGACCGACUGGCCUACUCCAUAGAGGACAGAAUCUUCCUUGAUAUCAUGGAAAAAGGCGUGAAGAAGAAUAGUCACCGCAGCUGGGUAGCACCUCUUCCAUUCAAACCAUCCAGACUGCGACUCCCUAAUAACCGACAACAAGCAGUCAGUCGGCUCAACUCGCUAACUCGCCAAUUCAGGAAGAAACCGUAUUUGGCACAGGACUUCUUCUCCUUCAUGAAAAAAAUCUUCACUAACGCCCGGGCAGAAGUGGCCCCUCCACUCAAACAGGAAGAAGAGAGAUGGUACUUGCCUAUGUUCGGCAUUUACCAUCCAAAGAAACCGAACAAAAUCAGAGUCGUCUUUGACUCCAGUGCCCAAUAUAAUGGAGUGUCGUUAAACGACGCCCUAUUAACCGGGCCCGAUCUAAACAACAAUUUAAUAGGAGUCCUGAUCCGUUUCCGAAGGGAGCCCGUAGCAAUCAUGGCCGACGUCGAACAAAUGUUUUACUGCUUUCUCGUUAAAAGAGAGCACAGGGACUUUCUGCGGUUCCUAUGGUAUAGAGACAAUGACCCUGAUAAGGAAAUAGUUGAAUACAGGAUGAAAGUCCACGUAUUCGGCAACAGUCCUUCACCGGCAGUGGCAACUUACUGCCUAAGGAAAUCUGUCGAAGAAACACACCCGGAGUCUAGCCCCGCUGUUGUUCAGUAUGUCCACCGUGACUUUUAUGUGGACGAUGGACUAAAGUCAGUGCCUACUGUAGGAGAGGCCAUCUCCUUGCUGAAGGAAACCCAAAAUGUUCUGGCAGCAUCUAAUUUGAGACUACAUAAAAUAGCCUCCAAUAAAAAGGAGGUUCUGGACGCUUUCCCUACAGAAGACCUCGCCAGCGACAUCAAGGAUCUGGACCUCAAUGAAGAGGCUGUACCGAUGCAACGUAGCUUGGGACUUGAUUGGGACCCAGAGAGUGACUGCUUCACCUUCAGAGUUGCAGAUGAAAAGAAGCCUUACACACGCAGGGGUGUCUUGUCAACUAUCAACAGCCUCUAUGACCCCCUUGGGUUCGUGGCUCCAGUUACCAUCCAAGGCAAGUCCAUUUUACGGGAACUCACAUCCGAUAAGGUCGAUUGGGAUACCCCUUUACCCCCUCAGAAGGAACAACUUUGGACUGCAUGGCGCGAUUCCCUUCGAGAACUCCACGACCUCCAGAUACCAAGGGCUUACACCACCAAAUCGCCCACUACAUCAUCCUCCAGGCAGUUGUGUGUCUUCUCGGACGCGUCGACUAAGGCAAUUGCUGCUGUAGCCUGCCUCAGACUCACCUAUCUCGAUGGUACUUGUGAGGUGGGUUUCAUCAUGGGAAAAACGAAAUUGGCACCACAACCUGAGACCUCUGUGCCCAGACUGGAACUCUGUGCUGCCGUCUUGGCAGUUGAAUUGGCAGAUAUGAUUCUCUUGGAGCUCGACAUGCAAGUGAACUCUACCAUUUUUUUUACUGAUAGCAAGGUUGUUCUUGGCUAUAUAAGCAAUGAACAUCGCCGCUUUUACGUUUAUGUCAGCAAUCGAGUUCUGCGCAUCCGUAGAUCAUCUCAGCCUGAACAGUGGCAUUACGUACCCACAGAUAAAAACCCAGCUGACUGUGGAACCAGGUCUGUUCCUGCCACCCAAAUGACUACUACAGCCUGGCUCAACAGUCCCUCCUUCCUCUCUAACCCCUUGUUCAACCGUUUUGAAUCCAAUUCCCACGGCCUUAUCAAUCCUGAAAACGACGUUGAAAUCCGUCCAGUAGUGACAACCUUCACCACCCACUCAUCCCCCGUGCUGCUUGAUGCUCAUCGCUUCAGGAAGUUCUCCACAUGGACAGCACUUACACGAGCUAUUGCUCGCUUGAUCCACAUUUCUCAGUCAUUUAAGAAAGAGACUAGACCGAAGGACUGCAAGGGCUGGCAUUACUGUCGAGCACCAUUUCCAGUAGAAACACUGGUGCAAUCUAACAACUUGAUCCUCCGGUCGGCGCAAAAGGACACAUACGCUUUGGAGCUCUCUUGCUUAUUACAGCAUAAGGAACUUCCCAAGAGCAGUGCUCUCAGGAAAUUAGAUCCCUUCGUAGACGACCAAGGCCUCCUCAGAAUCGGAGGUCGCACACGAAGAGCAGGACUAGACCAUAGCGAGAUGCACCCUGUUAUCUUGUCUGGCAAGCACCAUAUAACGUCCCUGCUCGUUAGGCACCACCACAAGCAGGUACAUCACCAGGGACGUCACUUCACAGAGGGCGCAGUCCGUGCUGCUGGCUUCUGGAUUGUUGGUGGAAAGAGAAGUAUCAGCAAAACCAUCCACUAUUGCGUAAUUUGCAGAAAGCUCCGAGGACCUAUGCAGAUCCAAAAGAUGGCAGACCUACCAGAAGACCGCCUAUCCAUGGAACCUCCCUUCACAAAUGUGGGGCUUGAUGUUUUUGGGCCUUGGCCCAUUACUUCAUGUCGAACUAGAGGGGGCUUGGCCCACAGCAAGCGGUGGGCCACAAUAUUCACAUGCAUGACCACAAGAGCUGUUCACAUCGAGGUCUUGGAGUCACUCUACACAUCAAGCCUGAUAAAUGCUCUCAGGCGCUUCUUUUCUAUCCGGGGUCCCGCAAGACUUAUCCGUUCGGACCAAGGCUCCAAUUUUGUCGGAGCAAGAAACGAACUCGGAAUCAAUUCCACCCUAGACACAAGUGCUGUGGGUAAACACCUCUCUGAAUACGGUUGUACCUGGUUAUUCAACCCUCCGCAUGCACCACACAUGGGUGGAGCGUGGGAAAGAAUGAUAGGUAUUGCCAAGAGGAUUCUCAAUUCCAUGUUAAUGCAACAUGGAAGCACCAAACUAACCCAUGAAGUGCUCACCACCUUCCUGGCUGAGGUGGCUGCCAUUGUUAAUAGCAGACCACUUGUCCCGGUAUCCACAGACCCAGAAGACCCAGUUCUGCUGACACCUUCAACACUCCUCACCCAAAAGAUCGGCUCUGCUCCUGCACCGACAGGUGACUUCACUAUAAAAAAUGUUUCCAGACAGCAAUGGAGGCAUGUUCAACAUCUUGCUCAGACGUUUUGGAGCCGGUGGAGGGGCCAGUACCUCCCUCUUUUGCAGGCCCGAAGCAAAUGGACUUCCAGCGUUCCAAACCUGAAACCUGGCAGUGUGGUCCUUUUGAAAGACCAGGAUUCAAAGAGAAACGAAUGGCCCUUGGGACUGAUUACCCGUGUCAUUCCUAGCCAAGAUGGAAGGGUGCGACAGGUCGAAGUGAAAAUUUACAAGAAUGACCGUGCAAAAUUGUUCCUGAGACCUGUAACAGAGACUGUGCUUCUCCUCCCCCCUCCUCCACAUACUCCUUUACCAUGUCUACCAUUAAUUGCCUCCUUCUGGCUCUCAACGCUUAGCUGCCUUUCCGAACUUGUUGCUGUCAUAUUUAACAUAAAUACGACACGUGCUUCGCUGGUCUUAGCCACCUUCGCCACUACCGUUUGCCUUGCGGCUGCUGGUAGUAAGUUAGCUUACUUCUUUCUUUCUUUCUUUCUUUCUUUGUUCUCUCUUGCUUCCUCCACUGUCUCUCGUCUCCGCUUUCCUCUUUGUCCCUUUCGUCGCAGCGGACUCAUGUUUUAUGUUCAUUUUUUCUUUCAGAUUUUUUACCUGAUUCACAGAAUAAAAUCUUUCGUUUUCCAAUGA